CUUACGAUUCAUCUAAGGAGCUAGGGUUUCAUAGAGGACGCUGCUUCCACAGGACUCCUCCUCUUUCGCUCGCACGCCCUCCCGGUUGCAAGCUCUCGCUAGGUCGCGCCCUCGUCAUUUCGACGCCACCAUGGCCACUCAAAUGAGCAAGAAACGAAAGUUCGUAGCGGAUGGAGUCUUCUUUGCGGAGCUGAACGAGCUUCUCACCCGGGAGCUUGCUGAAGAUGGGUACUCUGGCGUGGAAGUGCGCGUCACUCCCAUGCGUACCGAGAUCAUCAUCCGUGCCACUCGCACCCAGAACGUGUUGGGUGAGAAGGGACGUAGGAUCAGGGAGUUGACCUCCGUUGUCCAGAAGCGUUUCCAGUUUCCGGAGGGCACCGUUGAGUUGUAUGCCGAGAAGGUGAACAACAGGGGUCUGUGCGCCAUUGCUCAGGCUGAGUCGCUGCGGUACAAGCUUCUUGGAGGUCUUGCUGUGCGCAGGGCGUGCUACGGAGUGUUGAGGUUCAUUAUGGAGAGCGGUGCUAAGGGUUGUGAGGUCAUUGUCAGUGGCAAGCUGCGUGCCGCUAGGGCCAAGUCUAUGAAGUUCAAGGACGGCUACAUGAUUUCAUCCGGAAGCCCUGUCAAUGAUUACAUCGACAGUGCUGUUAGGCACGUCAUGUUGCGUCAGGGAGUUUUGGGUAUCAAGGUCAAGAUCAUGCUCGACUGGGAUCCCAAGGGCAAGCAAGGACCUAUGACUCCACUUCCAGAUGUGGUCACCAUCCAUAUGCCCAAGGAGGAGGAAGAGUUUGCUCACAAGCCCCAUGUAGGGAAGGAAGCAGAGAUGUAAAACAGGACGUUGAGUCCCAUGUUUCUUUCUGAUUUGAGUGUAAAAUCCUCUAUGUAAUGAAGUCCAAAGUAUCAAUAUGACUCAUCGACUUAGAUGUCAAGUGGAGCUCAUUGAUUGCACUAGUGGAUCGCACAUAGUUUCACCGAUUCAGUAGACACAUGGCGUUCUGUGUGGAUGUUAACGCCACUCUUAUUUCAUGAAGAGGUAUGCGGCUAACUUGAUACGUAAGAACUUAUGCAUCGCAUGAUUGUACAACCAGCUGGAAAAUUGAAGAGACAUGAACUGAAAACACUUGUUUCUGUUUGCUCCUUCUGCAA